AUGAGCAACAGCUGUCGCCGAUCGCGGGAGCCUGCGCAGCUACUAGCUUGCCUCAACUGCCGGAGGUCUAAGGUGAAGUGCCGAGGAAUGGGCAUUACUGGAUGCAAGAGAUGUACUGACGGCGCCUUGAGCUGUGUGAUGCCCACUCAAGACGAAAGAAAGCGUCCGUCUUCCAAGCAUCACAUCCGCCGCUUGGAGGACCGUAUACAGCAGCUUGAGGAGGAGCUGCGGUCACAGAGAGAACAGUCACCAAGAACCAGAACUGCUUCUACGGACAAUACAAACACUCCACCUUCCGGGCGAUUGUGUACGCCUGAAGGACCUACGGCUGGGGCUCUCAUAUCGGAACUAUGUUCCCCACGUCACCAGGUUGUUUAUGAUGAGAACGGUGGUAGUUGUUACUACGGGCCAACUGCCGGCUUGAACCUAGCUAUUGCAUCCUCGACGGCGCCGCCAUCGACGACGCAGUCUGCAACGACUGUGCAAAUACCAUCAGAUUUACAGAGUGAGGUCUACCAGCAGCUGUUGACUAGCUUCUGGCGCGAUCACAACUCGGUUAUGCCAAUUGUGCAUCAAGAGGCGUUUGAGUUGGACAUGACCAAGGGAAUGGGACUUUACUACAGCAGCGCCUUACAUUACGCGAUGUGUGCAUGCGCUGCCCUCAUGACUGGCCCACACGUUCAACCCCGGAUUGUACGAUCCGAACUGUUUCAGAGGGCGUCGGAAUUCCUCCAGGAAGAGUCUUCAUGUCCGCGAAUGACUACGGUUCAGACAUUGCACAUCCUAGCGGUAUGCGAAUUCAUGCAGAUGAACACCGCGAGAGGGUGGCUUUUAUCGGGUAGGAGAGGGUAA